AUGAGAUUCCAAAAAACGCUAGCGUUUGGAUUUCGCCAAAUAAAAAACAAAGCAGCGCCAUUUCUGUUUCAAUCUCAAGCUUCACGUUGCUUCUCCUCACAGCUUCAAUCAGAGCAGCAACGAUGGUCCUCUUUUGGAAUCGCAUUUGAUAUUGAUGGGGUUAUUCUUCGUGGCCAAGAUCCCAUCGGCGGCUCUCCUCAAGCUUUGCGUAGAUUAUACGGAGAUUCUGGAAACCUCAACGUUCCAUUUUUGUUCUUGACAAAUGGAGGUGGCGUACUGGAAUCUAAGAGAGCUAAUCAGUUAAGUGAACUGCUUGGAGUAAAGAUUUUACCUUCUCAGGAUCAACUCAUUGUUGCAACUGGAAAAGGGGAACCUGAUGCAGUUAUGUUUGAGUAUGGUUUCAAAAAUGUUGUCUCAUUAGACGAUUAUGCAUCUCUUUUUGAGAACAUUGAUCCUCUGGCUCAAUACAAAAAGUGGCCAACUAAGAGGAGUCUCCCCAUGAGUGCAGUGCCAAGAUAUGAUAUUUUUUCUGAAAGAGUUCAGGCAGUAUGUGUUGUUAGUGAUCCCGUAGAUUGGGGCAGGGAUAUUCAGGUUCUCUGUGAUAUUUUAAGAUGUGGAGGGCUUCCUGGACAGGAGAAUGGGCAUCAGCGUCAGCCUCGUCUAUAUUUUGCCUCUGACGAUCUUGAGUACCAGGCUGCAUUUCUUUCUCGUCGACUUGGAAUGGGUGCUUUCAGAAUUGCUCUGGAAAAUGUCUUCAACAGGAGAAGGAGGAGGAGGAAGGUUGUGGGAACUGAGCUAAGGCCUGAGGAGGAUUGGAGUCUGGAGGAGGAGGAUGGACGACUGGAGUCUGGAGCUAGCUUUUGUUUCUGGUGGGCUGGAUUGGGUGGUGGGCAGGGUAUUCACCAUAAUGCUCUGGAGUAUGUUUCUUAUGGGAAGCCAUAUCCAUUUGUAUUUAAGCAUGCCGAAGCUAUGUUGAGGCAGCUUCAGCCAUCUUAUCAGUGUGUUAAUUUUAAGGAAUCUGAAGAUUCUGGUUUACAAUCAUUCAAAACCAUUUAUAUGAUUGGUGAUAAUCCUUCAGUUGACGUUAAAGGUGCACGACAGAACCCGAGGCAUUUGAAACAGAACGCGGUUGGUUCGACAACCAAAGGGCCGAUAAUACCAAUGAAAUGGUCAGAUGACUCUUGA